CGAAGCGCGCCGCUCGAUCAGCUGACGGUCCCAAUCUCCAAAAGCGCCGAAGCGAGUGCGAAGGAUCAGCCAUGGCCGGGCAGCCGCAAGCGGAGGGGGCACUUCGGAAGGCGCUAGAGGAUCACCUGCGCGGGCUGGGCAUCCAAGCGCUCGCCGUGGAGCACCCCGAGGUGUUCACAGUUGAAGAAAUGAUGCCUUACGUCCAGCAUCUGAAAGGAGCACACAGCAAAAACCUUUUCCUUAAGGAUAAGAAGAAAAAAGGCUUCUGGCUGGUGACGGUCCUGCACAACAGGCAAAUCAAUUUAAAUGACUUGGCAAAGAAACUAGGUGUUGGAAGCGGGAAUCUUCGUUUUGCUGACGAAGCGGCCAUGCUCGAUAAGCUGAAAGUUGGCCAGGGGUGUGCAACGCCCCUAGCUCUUUUCUGUGACCAGGGAGAUGUGAAGUUUGUGUUGGAUUCUGACUUUCUGGAAGGAGGCCACGACAUGUUGUAUUUUCACCCAAUGACAAAUGCAGCAACUAUGGGACUACAUCCAGAUGACUUUCUAAGAUUUCUGAAGUCCACAGGACAUGAGCCUACAAUUGUACAUUUUGAUGAAAGUGACAAGUAGCUUUACACCACCAUUUUAUAUGUAAAAUCAUGUCAUGAAAAUUUAAAGAUGCUACCUAUCCGUUAA